CUGAAAGAACUCGUGACAAGCAAAACUGAUGAUGAUGGAUCGAGUAACCGCUCCACACUCACCAUCAGCUACAUGCACUCACAUCUUAUAUCAAGCACUGCGCCGCAAGCAGGCUGGCUAUAUGAAAUGCUCAAAAACACUACUGGCGCGUCUUUCGGCGGCCAGUUUCGGGCGGCGACUGAGGAUUGGGCUGGCUCGUAUCGAGCCGACGGCGCGCUGACGUCACACUGCGUCACGACGCCAGCGCCGCCACCGGCACCGCCGCGCGCAACUAGCUGCGCGCGCACCUCAUCCAAGAACCUACCACCGACCACCUACCAGCGGCCCCGCCCGCCCUCUCUCGUAACCUUCCACAACAGCCACGUUGACAACCAACUUAGGGUCACGCAUUCCUUAUCAGAUUAA